GAGGCCAGGGCGAGGCUGGCGCCGGGCCAGGGGUGCCGGGCCGGCUCGGGGCGGGGACCGGGCGGGGAAGACGCUCCCGCGGCCCGGCCCUCGGCGCGCGGCGGGGGCACCCUCGCUGGGGCAGCGCGCCAGGCUCCGGCCCCCCCGCCGCGGGGCGCGCGAAGGCGACCCUUCCCCGGCCCCCCUCGCUUCCUCCGCGCGGCGGGCGAGAUUUCCUCCGGGGAAGCUGCGCGGCUCCUUCCCGGGGCCCGCCCCGCCCCGCCCGGCCCUCCGCCCCGGCCUCCGCCCCCUCCCUGCUGGGCCGCCGGUGCCGGGGGAGAGGCCGGGGCCCCGGAGCGCUGCCACCCACUCGCCCGCCAUGUGACGCCGGCCUCCGCCCAGCAGCGCCCCGCGCCCCGCGCCGCCGCGCACCAUGCUCCCGCCGGGCCCCGCGCGCCCGCCCGCGCCCCCGCCCGCGCCGCACCCCGGGCCCCGCAGGCAGGUGGAGCCGCCGGGCCAGCUCCUGCGCCUCUUCUGCGCCGUCCUGGUCUGCUCCGGGGAGAUCGCGGCGCUCGCCGACUUCUCCGGCUACUUGACGAAGCUCCUGCAGAACCACACGGCCUACGCCUGCGACGGCGACCACCUGAGCCUGCAGUGCCCGCGGCACUCCUCCAUCAGCGUCCAGGCGGCCUUCUACGGGCAAGACCGCCGAGCGUGCGGUGGCCAGCGGCCGGCCCAGGGCGGGGACAGCCUGGCCUGCGAGGCGCCCACCACCUUCCAGAAGGUGUUGGACGAGUGCCAGAACCAGCGGGCCUGCCGCCUCCUGGUCAACAGCCGGCUGUUCGGGCCGGACCUCUGCCCGGGGAGCAGCAAGUACCUGCUGGUGUCCUUCAAGUGCCAGCCGAAUGAGCUGAAGAACAAGACGGUGUGCGAGGGCCAGGCGCUGACGCUGCACUGCCACGCCUCCAAGUUCCUCAACAUCUACGCGGCCGCCUACGGCCGGCGGGCCCAGGACGCGGACCUGUGCGCCUCGGGGGCCCGGCCGCCGCCCUUCGACUGCCUGUCCCACUCCGCGUCGCACGUGCUGGCCCGGAGGUGCUACGGGCGGCAGAGAUGCAGAAUCCUCGUCGACAGCCACCACUUCGGGAGCCCCUGUCCGCCCGGAGCCAGGAAGUACCUCACCGUCGCCUACGCCUGCGUGCCCAGGAACAUCCUCUCCGCGGUGGACCCCGCCCUCGCCGACCCGGACCCUUCCCUGAAGCAGGAGGACGAGGCCGGCGGCCACGGUGUCGACGCCGACCCCCGCGAGUCGCGGGUCCUGAGGAAGGAGGGGGUCAUGGUCAGCAGCUCCCUGGCAGCCUUCGCCUACAUCCGAGCCCACCCCGACAGGGCCGCCCUGCUCUUCGUGUCCAGCGUCUGCGUCGGCCUGGCCCUCACGCUGUGCGCCCUGGUCGCCCGGGUGUCCUGCGCCAGGGACCUGCGGGCGCUGCGGGGGGCGCGGGAGCGCCUGGUGGCCGGCAGUGACGGGGCCUCGGAGGACAGCGAGGACGCGGACGGGAGCGAGGACUCCUCCGACUCCAGCUUCCCCGGGGAGCCGUCGGGCUUUCGCAGGACUCCGUACCCCGCCUACACGUCCAUCGAGGCCGCGGAGCUGGCCGAGAGGAUCGAGCGCCGGGAGCAGAUCAUCCAGGAAAUAUGGAUGAACAGCGGCCUGGACGCCUCGGUGCCACGGAGCGCGGGCCCCUUCUACUGAGCGCGGCGCCUCGCUACGCCUCCACGUGCCCGACCCGAGCAGGCAGCGCCGGGCCCUCGAUGCCCGACCCGAGCAGGCAGCGCCGGGCCCUCGAUGCCCGACCCGAGCAGGCAG